CUCAUUAACUCAUUCUUGUGACCAUAAUAAGCAUUAAGAGUGAGCUUCAUCAUAGAACAUUUUCCUGCCUUUUCUCUCGAAAAUGGAUGUUUUCUUUGAGCCCCAGGAAGGAAGUCCUUUCUACAUUCAAAUUGGUUUCCAUGAUACAGUCCUGGAGAUCAAAGAGAAGAUCGAAAAACAUCAAGGAAUAUCCGUCUGUAGACACACUUUGGUUUUCAACGAUGAGGCCCUUGACGACGAGCUUGAUGUCGAGGGCUACAACAUCCACGACCGCUCCUGCAUUAGGCUCGUUGUCGCACCGGAGCAACCGCCAUCCACUAAAAUUGAAUUACGCAUAGGAACACCACCAUCCAGAAUGCGGCUCCCCACAGAAGUUAAAGUGAAUGACCCUGUGAAACGCUUGAGGGAGGUUGUCCGGUCCCUGGAAGAUGUCCCUCUUGAGCGAGUGAAGCUGUAUGCAAAUGGAACUGAACUUGAAGAUGAUCACCGGAUAUGCGACUACCAGCUUCAGGACAAUUCCAGUGUUGACGUGCGCAUCAAGCCUCUGAAGUUCACGGUGAUGGUAUUACCGUGGAAAGCCAACCUCAAAGUUGCGGUGGAAGUGGAACAGUGGGAAAAAAUAAAGGUUCUGAGGAAAGAGCUCGAGAAGCUGCGGCCAAGCCUGAAGUUUGAUCUUUCAUCGGAGGGGUAUUUUUUCAUACAUAACCAGAGUGGGAUGGACGAAGAUAGGUCGUUCAAAUGGCACGGCGUCGAGAUGGGCGAUACUAUUGAGGGGGACGAUUUCACGAUGAGACCUGGUUUUCGCAUCCAAUUAGCGGUUUCACUCGGAGAUCUAUGGCAUGAUGACAAUGAAGUACUCAGUGCGUGUACGCAGGUAUAG